AUAAAGUUGCAUAGCAUGACUACCAACACAAUUUUUUUCUUCUUUUUAUUGGAACUGAUUGAAACGCCGCGGAUCGAUAAUGUUUUUUUUUGUAAAUCAUUUAAUUAUUCCAACUAAAUAAUUAAAACUUCAGUUGUGAUGGAAAUCGAAAAAUGAAAUUGGUGGAGAAAUUUAACGAAAAUUUUGCCAUCGUUGCGUGUAACAUUUGUGUUCAAUUUUGUGUUAAAAGAAGGAAAAAGAAUCCAUCGCGUUGAUGACAUUAAAGUUUAAUUGAUUAAAUUUACAAUUUUAUAAGUUUCUGUUCCACAAAAUAUUCGAUUCGAAUAUUUUUCUUUUGUUAGAAAACGGUGCACUUACAUGAACGAUAGAAGCGUCGGUGUUCCAAUUUGCAAUCAUAAUCGUUGUUUCGUCGAAUUUCAUUUGAUUGCACUGGUGUUCGUGUGGCACAUUUUCGGAGAAAAUAAAUAAAAAGUGAAAACUAAAAACAAUGGAAGCUGCAAACGUGGAGACCGAAUUAGAAUCGGUUCCAUUCACUGAUAAAGAAAGUGACAAAAUAUCGGAUACAGUUCGCUUGGACGAUGACGUCGAAGCACCGAAAACUGAUGUGGAAGAGUCAUUUGAAUUCAUUAAUAACGGAGACAUUGGUGACACAAAUAAAAGUGAUGAUAAAAAUGUGACAGACGAAUUCGUUUCAACGUCAAAGGAUGUUAUUAGUUUGGAUUCCAACGUUUCGUUGGACACAUCCGACAAAAUUGUUGAUAAUUCCGUAAGCAAUAUUGAAGAGACCGAACCGGGUCUAUUGGUGGAUAACGACCCUGAACAGUUGCUCACCGAAGUCAGUGCGGACGACGAAAACCUUUUGGAUGAGAUACACAGCGGCAGUUUCAAUGCAUCGUCACCGCUCGGGAAAAGUAGCAGUAACCUGAACAGAUCCGUACAGAGCAUCGAAGAUUCAUACGAAAUGCUGGAAAAUGAAACGCUGGAAGAAGAACAUGAAGAGGAUAUCGAGGAGGAAGAGGAAAAGGAUCGGACCAAUGACGCUGAUACAAUCGUACUGGAUGAUGACGACGACGACGAGGAUAAUGAUGACGGAGAUGUGGACGAUGACAGCGAGGACGAAGAUGACCACUCCGAAAAUAGUGAUAACGAUGAUGACGAGUCGUUGGACGGUAGCGAUAAAGAUGAGAAUCAUGAUUAUGGCCAUAAAGACGACGACAUAAGCACGUUGAGUAGUGACGGCGAUGAUAUUGAAAUGAUCAGCAAAGUACCGGACCCAAAGCCGAAAAUAAUUGCACGAAAGAAAGUUGUACCGGUUCACAGGCGGCUGAUUAAGAAGAGCAUCAAAAUAUUAAUAUCGUCGAAGCCCAAACGAACAAUGCAUCUUAAAUCGUCGAGCGCAAUUACAGUGGCUACCGAACAUCCGAACGGAAAUACAGAAACAAUUCCAACAGAAAAAACCAAAGAAGCUGAAAAGAUGGUUCAAAUGUUCAGCAAUGAAAAUGUGGAAGACGAUGACGAUGUGUGUCUAAUCGAAGAUUCACCCGUUAAAGUCAAUGGUAAGCAUGAAACGGAGGACAUCGAAUCUGUUGAGCAGAAGAUAAAGAUCGAACAAAUGGAUAUUGAAGAAAACAUCGAACACGAAAUCGUCGACAAAAAGGAAGAUGUUGAAACGCUGAAAACUGAGGAGGUGAAUGUUGAGUUGAAUGGAGUCGAAGACGAUUCGUCGUCGAACAAAUUACAACCUCCAACGACGACAGAAAGCAUCGUUAUCGUUGCCGAACCGGUGCCAAUCAUAACUGAUUCGAGCUCUAAAGAAGCAACCGUUCCUACGGCACCGACCACAGUCGAAACACCGGCUGAAACUGUAAGUAACCCAAAACCAAAUCAUAAAAGAUCUCGUUCUACCAGUCCGACCGAUGACGUGCAACCGACAAAACGGCUGAAAACCGAAUUGGAACAAACUUUCAUCGGUCACAAUAAGCGGGUGCAAGAUUACAUUGACAAAACAUCCAACAACAGCAUCGAUGAAAUAAACAAUCACGUUGCCGGUCUUCUAGCUGAGGUGCAAGAACUGCACGCAAUGGCUGCAGCCAAGGAGCAGGAGUGGAACAACAUUUUGUAUUUGAAAAGCGUCAAGGAGGAGAUUAUCUGCAGGCUGACGAGACGGAAAUCGGUCAUGGAAAUCUCUUCGUCCAAGGUGGGUGAAGUGGAAGACUACACAAUUCUGGAACAGCAACCGUCAAUAAGCCAAAAAAUCACCAAGGAAAACCGGAAUUCGACCAGCAUCAAUCAUUCAGCAAACAUUAGCCACAGCCAGCACGCAUAUUUACGGAAUUUAUCGACUACGGAAGCCGCCAAAUUGAUCAAUAGCAGGGCCGAUAUGAGCACUUCCGAUUUGGAUGAGGAGAGAGUCACUGCAGCGAAAAUGCACAGUAUUCUGUUCUCCAGAAACAUACUACCGAAACCAGAACUCGCAGGCCGGUCAUCACCCACUAUCAACCAUUUAACAUCGUUAGCGUCAGCGAACAUGCAACAGAUUCAACAGCAACAAAAAGCUCAACAACAAUUCAUCGAACAACAGCAGCAAAUCUACCAACAACAAACCGAACAUCUGAACGGCCACCACCAGGUGGGUCGUCAAGGUGCUAUCAAAGAUGUAAAGAGCAUCAUCGAAGCGUUCCGUCAGAAGAAUCCCGAACGAGCACCGCGUCGUGGACGACGAUUAAAGGGUACGGGUGAUGGAACGGUUAUGUCACCUCGCUCGGCCGACGGAAUAUUGUCGCGUCAGUCGGUUGAGGGUCGAGUGAGCGAAUUGGGUUUGCUGCUCGGAAAGGACAGAAACUCACGACCGUCGAGUGCUGAUUCGUCGCCGGGAAAUUCGAAUUUGGCCAGCACGAACAAUAACAUAUCAACGGCCAAUGCCAAUAUUGCGUUCAACGAUAUGCUGAUGCAGUAUGCGAAAUUGAACGAACGACCGGCGGAUUUACUGACGAAUGCAUCGAUGAUUCGGCAGCAACAGAGCGGUUAUCCAGAAGUUACAUUGCAUCCUGUCAGCUCACAACAAAAUACGGUUCUUCAUCAAAGUGAUAGCCUGCAAUCGAACUCAUUGCUGCAUGGCAUUUUGACCAAGCAGAACACUCGGCCAUCCACCACGUACAAUUCCUUUUCACCAACACUCGCUCGUUUGCUUACCGCUCCCGAGCGAAUAACCGCAUUGCCAAAUAAUUACCGAUUGCCAUCAUCAACGCCUGUCCAAUCCAAGACCAGUGGCAUGAAUCUAACAAAACCGCGUAAUGAAAUCACCAUCACACCAGUCAUGUCAAAUCCUGCUAUGCACCAAACGAUUUUGCAACAACAAUUGCAGCGUCAACAGGACUCUGCUGCACGGAUGAAAUUUCCGUUAAUGGACGACGAAGCCGAUGACAGUGCCGAUAGAUUAGUUAUAGACGAAGGCGAUAUUCAUAAUGAACAAAGUGCUACAGCUGGUGGUCGAGAAUUUCCGGAAAAUGAAUUCCCCAAAUGUCAAGGAUGUAAAAAGCAUGAGGCCCAGUUCGUGUGUGCUGGUUGCGAGAAUCAAUGGUACUGCAGUCGCAUUUGCCAGGUUUCUGCUUGGGACGAACAUUGCGAAAUGUGUUCCGGCUAAACUGACGAAAUCAGUCAACUUAUUUGAGUUACGCAUAAGAACAUUAUUAUGGGUUUAAAUGAACUAUGGUAAAUAAGUGAAACAUUUUGAAAUAAGUGUCAUGUUGUGCACACAUUUACCGUUUUUUUGUAAACGAAACAAAAAGAAAAAUAAUUUGUAAAGAAUUAAAUUUGUGAAAACUGAAAUGAUUUAUUGCUAAUUAUUAAACCGAUACAGAUACACACACUGCAACCCGAUUCGGAAACAUCCAAGUCUAAAUUAAGAAAUUCUUACAAUAAUUGUGAUUGAGACAAAGUUCAAAAUAGUAAAAUCAAAAUGAGAAAAGAAAAGAAAAACAAAAAUUAUUUUGAAUUUA